AUGAGGAAGGAGUUAGCGAUGUUGUUGAUGCUCGUCUUCUCUGCUGUCAUUUUGAGCUGCUACAGUGGAAUCCUAAGUAAGAAAUUUGGAGACGUCAGAGCCUAUGUAGACCAUGACAAGCGGACAUCUGUCCAGGUCACCACAGAAGCUUCCUUCAUCCACUCAACUAGCCUUGCCUCGCAUGACACUGCCCCGAUGGGAUCAACAGAUGGCCACACCAUUAGCUCCAACUGGCCAACAACCCGGGCAUCCCUGAAAACAACAUUCAAAACCACCCAGUCAAUGGGGACAAGCACAGGGUCAACUGAUCCAACAACCCUCCCUGAUAUAACUACACACAGCACACAAAUGACAACCGCCGGGAAUACAGCCACCCCAUCUCCUCCUGGAUCACCUCCUGCCACAAGGACGGCCUGGUCAAGCACCCCCGUGGCCCAGAUGACCACUGCAGCUCAGUCAACAGCCAGUCACACAACCUUAGCUACAAUAACCACCCCAACGGGCAACCUGACCUCCCUGAAAACAGCUCGGAUCACUGCCCCAACCAAAAGCAUCACCACCACAUCCACCUCUAAAAAGACCACCCAGGCCAUCACCACGACAACCACACGCCGUGUCACUGCCUCAACGUCACCACCCACGACGAGUGUGGGGCCCACUCUGGUUCCUCAGCCAUCAUCUCCUCAAACUGGGACCUAUCUGCUUUACAAUGGAAGUAGGACAUGCUUGAAGGCUGAGAUGGGAGUGCAGCUACUCAUUCAGGACAAGAUGUAUUAUUCACCUCAGAUGUACUUCAAUCUCCACCCCAAUGUGACAAAAGCAUCAGGGGAUUGCAGCGCCCACAGAACCAACCUUCUCCUGACUUUCCCAGGUGGAUUUGUGAACUUGACCUUCGUGAAGGUAGGACACUCAUAUCAUAUAGAAACAGUGGAGGCCUCUUUGACUGUCUUACCUUUAGUGAAAGUCUACCGUGGUCUGAAAGGAGGGCUUACAAUGUUUGAGACCAAAGUGGGACACUCCUUCAAGUGCAUCAGUGAACAGAGUGUUGAGUUAUCGACCCAACUCCAGUUGCACACUGUUGAUGUCCAGCUCCAAGCCUUUGAUUUUGAUGGGGAUCACUUUGGGAAUGCGGAUGAAUGCUUCAGUGAUAAAAACAGGAGAGCAAUCCCCAUGGCCAUGGGCCUGAGCAUCGCAGCAUUGCUUGGGGUUUUGCUCACUGCAUGUCUGGUUGCCAGGAAGCGGCCCAGUAGAGGAUAUGAACGCGUCUAA